CAGACAGCCGCCAUCAUUCCGUGCUGCAAGGGUGACCCCAAAAUGUCUUCCAACGGUGAUCUGCAAGACGUUGGGAGCUGGGACAGCUUCUGGGAGCCUGGGAACUAUAAGAGGACGGUGAAACGCAUUGACGAUGGCUACAAACUAUGCAAUGAGCUGGUCAGCUGCUUCCAGGAGCGUGCCAAGAUUGAGAAGGGCUAUUCCCAGCAACUGAGCGACUGGUCCAGGAAAUGGAGGGGUGUUGUGGAGAAAGGCCCACAGUAUGGGACUCUGGAAAAAGCCUGGCACGCUUUCAUGAAUGCGGCAGACAGACUGAGUGAGAUCCAUAUGGAACUAAAAGAGAAACUGGUUGUUGAGGACAGCGAAAAGAUUAGAAACUGGCAGAAGGAUGCCUUCCACAAGCAAAUGAUUGGUGGAUUCCGUGAGACCAAAGACGCCGACGAAGGCUUCCGCAAGGCCCAGAAACCAUGGGUCCGCAAACUGAAGGAUGUGGAGUCUACCAAAAAGAGUUAUCACCAAGCCCGGAAGGAAGAGCGCACUGCAUUGACUCGUGAAACUCAUGCCAAGGCUGACCCCACCAAAUCCCAAGAUGAGGUCCGCAAGUUCACAGAUCGCCUGGAGAAAUGUACCCAGGAGGCAGAGAAGGCCAAGGAGCGUUAUGAGAGAGCCCUGGACGAGCUGAAUCGCUGUAACCCGCGUUACAUGGAAGACAUGGAGCAAGUGUUUGAAAUCACACAGGAGGCUGAAAAAAAGAGGCUCUGCUUUUUUAAAGAAGUGCUGCAGGACAUACACCAGCACAUGGACCUCUCCAGCAAUGAUGGGUUAGUUUCUGUGCUUCACCGUCUACUAGGCGCUUAUCUCCUAGGACGGCAUGCUAAUCAAAGUCCUCUCUACGGUUCUCUGUUACGAGCCUGGCAGUGCUUCCUCUCCUCUGCUGACCGUCUCUCCUCACUGCACUCCUCCAUCUGUCGUGCUCUGGUGUCAGAGGACGGAGAUCGCAUCCGGACGUGGCAGAAAGAGACUUUCCAUAAGAAGAUAUUUGGAGGAUUUAAAGAGUCCCAGGAUUUUGAUACUGGUUUCUCACGUGCUCAGAAGCCCUGGGCCAAGAGACUGAAGAAGCUAGAGAAGGCUAAGUCAGCGUUUCACAAAGCUUGCCGUAAGGAACACAUGGCUCGUGAGCGGGAGGCCCAUGCCCAAGGCAACCCUGACAUUGCCAUCGAGAAACAGAGGAAGAUCCAGGAAGAGACCGAACUGGCUCACCAGGAAACGGAGAAAGUGCGAGCUCGCUAUGAGAAGGUUCUUGAGGAAGUGACGCGUUAUGCUCCACGCUACAUGGAGGAAAUGGAAUCGAUCUUUGACCAAUCGCAAGAGGAGGAAAGGAAGAGGAUAAGCUUCCUCAAACAGGCUUUCCUGUCCAUCCACAGACACUUGGAUGUCACCAACAAUGAGAGCGUAAAAGCCGUGUACAAUGAGCUCCAUAACACUCUGAUGUCCAUCAGCGAGCAGGAAGAUUUGCGCUGGUGGAAGAACACGCACGGGCCAGGAAUGCCCACCGACUGGCCUCAAUUUCAGGAGUGGACUCCAGACAAGAAGCAUAAAAAGGGAAAGAAGGAGGUGGAGCAGAAGGCAGUAGUGAUGGAGAGAAGUGUAAUGAUCGGAGGAGUGAGAGUCAGAGCUCUCUAUGACUAUGUCGGACAGGAAACGGAUGAGCUGUCCUUCAAAGCAGGUGAAGAGUUUCUGAAGAUCGAGGAUGAGGACGAUCAGGGUUGGUGCAGAGGAAUGAUGGACGGAGGAAAAGAGGGCCUUUAUCCCGCUAACUACGUGGAGGUGGUGUGAAAUCACAGGACAACAUCAAGCUGUAAAAUGCCUACAGGCGCCCAGGUUUAAGCCCGCUUCACAGCCAUUUUUAUUGAAGAUUGCUUAGUUUUCUGUGAACGGAUGGUACGAAAGGUUUCGAGUUGGGAUCAGAACGAGAAAAUGUUUCCAAAGUUCUUUCACUACGAUCUUACUUGAGAACGCUGUAAAGUUAUAUUUUCUUGUGUGCCACAUUGUAGCUUUAAGUCAAAAAUAUGCAGAGAUUUUCAUACGUUAUAAUAUGAUUAGGUACCGAGAUGCUCUAAUAUAUGUAGAGAAUAUGAACUGCGUUGUCCUGAUGCUUGCAUGACCCUACAGAGUAUUUUAAGGACAAUGUCUCACACCAAAGACUUUCGCUGCAUAUUUACGUUUUAUCAGUGACACGCUUCUUCGUACUUUUCGAGAGUUACGUUGUAUCUGAUGCCUGUGUAAAACGGGGCCAGAUGGUUAUUAUGUCAUCUACAGCUGCGAAUUUCACGCACGGUGUUAAUAGGUAUGAUAAUAUGCUAUUUUAUCCGCUUUGAUUUUGCUUGUAAAUGUCACUUGUCUCACAUUUAGUCAUUUUAGUUACACAAAGGCAGUACUAAUCAACACCACUUUAAAGUGAUAGCCAUGGGACCCAUUACGGUCUCUUCUUGUGUAUUUCUGUUGUGUUUUAAGAUGUCAGUCUAACCAAAGAAAAUGUAUGCAAAUGAGCACAGUGUUUGUUUGUGCCGUAGUGCGAGUAAAUUACAUUGGAUCAGGGCAGUAUUUUCUGCACCAUCGCUAAUCUCAUGCCAACGCUAGCAGUAUUAAAAGGGAUACAUAUUA